GGGAGCCAAAAUCCUCGCCCGCACUACCAGCGCUGUUGGGGGACAUCAUCGAAAAUCGUCGUCGUCGAAGCCGCCAGGUUUUCAUCAGACGACGACGGCGACGACGACGACGACCGAGGGACGACGGGAGACGUUAUACUAGUACUCAAGCUCUUCGCCUUCUUCACCAGUGAUGUGCACAUUUCUAUUUUAAAAUGGAAAUAG